AUGGCAUAUGGAUUCGAAAUUCUUCGACCACAGCUCGCUGCACCAGCUCAAAUGCCUCAUGUUUUAUCAUCCUUGGAUGAGAUCUCAUUGUCCUUUGGUCCACACGCUGAGCGCAUUGAGAAGCUCAUCCUUGACGAUAUAAAUGCUGACCGACUUUAUCGCGAAAACCAUCCUCUCUCAGCGAAAGGCGAACCAAUGCAAGUAUUGGAGCGAAGAUUAAGGAUUGGCGUCCAUAACAGUUUCACUUUUCUAUUUGAACCUCUGGUUGUCCACUUAUCUUCGCUUGAUGAACAUCUUCGUGGCUCGCAUUCACUUCGACGGAAAGGUCGACCUAUGAGCAGAAGCAGUAGCGAUAUAAGGCAUGCAUCUGAGAUGAACUCGUUGUUUGUGCGAUCGCGGGUUUCGCUACCAAAAAUAGCAGAUGACGACCGGCUGGUGAUAGUUUUUGCGCUUGAUUAUCUUCUGGGGCUGCGAUCAAGCGAUAAGAGCGUUAUCCACAGCCAGUCGGUGAUUGUGUGUUGGGGAGCUUGGCAGCCUUUCUCGAAUCGUCCACAGUUACAUCUGAACGGGAGGAUCCAAGCGUCAGUUUCUCUAAUUGGUGGUCCUCGUCCGAAUCCGGAAGAGAGCUUAUGUUUCAAGAAUUUGCUACACCUCUAUCGUAGAGAUGACAGCAUAUUUACUGAGAGUGCACCAAAGAUAACUAUUCAGUUUAACUUUAUCUUGGAGGAUACGCGCUUCUACGAUUCUUUAUCGCGUUCCACUAUUCCAACGCCUGCACCGCGUCGAGAGAUUUUGGACGACGACACGUCUAAGGAAACUCCUAAGAAAGUUAGAGACUCAAAACGUGAUGAAGAGCCAGGGCCGGAGCCAAUUGAGGAUGAGGAGAUGCUGCCACCCAUCAUCACCAAGAAGCCGACGAAAAUCACAGCUCCGAAACUGAUCCAGAAAAUAGAUAGCAUCAUUGAGCAGGAAUCACCUCGUCAAAACUUACCAUUGCAUUAUAUUCUUCCUGUAAAAGAAGCUAGGUAACG